CGGACCGUGAAUGGGAACAGCCUGUUGUGGUCCGGCCUUUUGCGCGCUGGGCUGUGGGCUGUGGCCGACGCUGGCCAUGAGUCGGUUUGUUUCGGAACUUCAGUCCCCAGGGAAGCGGUGGCUGGUGGCUGGCCUGGGGAACCCCGGACUCCCCGGCACGCGGCACAGCGUGGGCCUGGCAGUGCUGGGGCAGCUGGCGCGGCGUCUAGGAGUGGCGGAGAGCUGGGUGCGCGACUCGAGCUGCGCCGCCGACCUCGUCCUGGCCCCACUCGGCGAUGCCCAGCUGGUCCUGCUCCGGCCGCGGCGGCUCAUGAACGCCAAUGGGCGAAGCGUGGCUCGGGCCGCGGAGCUGUUUGGGCUGACGGCAGAGGAGGUCUACCUGGUGCACGAUGAGCUGGACAAGCCCCUGGGGAAGCUGGCUCUGAAGCUGGGAGGCAGUGCCAGGCAAUGCCAAGGCUGCGGGUGGGCAUCGGUCGCCCUGUGCACCCUGGCACAGUGGAGGGCCACGUCCUUGGCUACUUCUCCCCUGAGGAACAGGAGCUGCUGCCUCCGCUGCUGGAGAGUGCCACUGACCUGCUCCUGGACCACAUCCAGAAUCGGAGCCAGGCGCCCUCACCCGGUCCCUGACACCAGUGCACUAGGUUGCUGCCUGAUUGCAGCGGCCGCAGACUCAGCCAUGGCCAUAAAGCCACCAUGCCCACUGAGGGGUUCCAUUUUUUAUAGGGGGUCCACUCUUCUCUGGGCUGCUCCAGGCCUCCUGCAGAUUCCAGGGGGGACUGUGGCCAAAACAGUCCCUUUCUGGGGUAGGGUGGGGUUGGUCUCUCCAGGUGCUACUUGGGACGCAGGAAAACUUCAGGAACAUUGAACUUUUUGAGCCUUUUUAGAGUGCCGGGGGCAUGGAUCUGUAGGAUUAAAGAUGCCAGCUUGGAUGCUGAAUCCUCCUCAGAGGGCAACUCUCACCUUUCUCCUGCCAGUGGGGUGGGUAGAACAGUGUGCAGCACCCCCUCCCCAGGGGAUGUGUGGGCAUGCCCUGCCACACCUUUUACAGACGGGAGGCUCAGAGACAUCUAGUCACAUCCCAAAGGCCGCACAGCUGUGACCUGGCAGAGCCACACUGUGCACCCCCAACGGGCAGCUGUCUUGCUGUCCCUGGGGGGCCUGGAACCCUCACCUCAGGAGUGCUGUGUGCCCGGAGGGUCCCCAUGCGGGUGACAAAUGAGAGCAGCCUGAGGUCCUGGGGGUUGGGUGGGAGGUGGCCUUGGUGAGGCACUGAGCCUGGAUGCCCUGGCUGGAAGGUGGUGAUGCCAGAUAGCUGCUGCUGCAGGACACAGGAUUGGCUGUGGGGAGGGGCCUGGGGUCAUCACCUCCAUCUCCGGAAGAAGAGGCUGGGGUUCAGGGAGGCCUGGGAGAGGUAGGCUUUUCUGCAGCACGGCAGCUGCCUCUUCUGAGGCCACCCAGGGCCACCUGCUUACCUCUCCUUGGGCGGCCCAUGGGGCUGCUUCUUGUGGCGGAGACAUGCAGCCAUCUGGGGUUUCAGGACCACCACAGAGCUAAGCAGGGCCAGCAGUUGCUGCAGCAGCUCCUUGCACCGUAGCUGGAGUGCCACUUCGAAGUCGCCGUCCUCUUCAUCUGUGUACAUCUACCGGGGAGACUGGGCUGGCAUCGGGCCCACAGUGGCCCCAACACCCACCUACCUUGGGAGCACUCCCACCCCAGGGCCUGUCUGCUCAGUGUCCCCUGGUCAAAUGAGUACCCGUUCUCUAAGUAGGGAGAUAGGCCUGAAGCCUUCUAGAAUCUGAGAGGAGGAAUUCAGCUCUUUGGAGACCUUGAAGGGAUCUUGAAGUCCAGAAUCAGAAAAGGACAGACUGAGCUGGGUGUGGUGGUGGCACAUCUAUGUGCACACCUAUAAUCCUGGCACUCCAGAAGCUGAGGUGGGAGGAUCCCUGGAGUUUGAGGCCAGCCUGGGCUACAUAAUGAGUACAAGGCCGGUGGUGGCACACUCCUGUAAUCCCAGCACUCAGGAGACUGAGGCAGGAGGAUCACUGGGAGUUCAAGGCCAGCCUGAACUAUAUAGCCAGCCCCUGUCUGAAAAAAAAAAAAAAAAAGGCAGGACAAGAGUCUCUCAGGGAACAGAGUGGCUUCUGAGCUUGCAGAUGGCCAAGUUCCCUGUGAGCAGCUUCUCCUGGUCUCUGUCUUUGGUGCCCCCACUUCCGGCUUACCUGCAGA